AUCUGAUUAUCUAAAUAUGAAUUAUCGCACCUAUUACAGAGAGCCAAUUUCAAAGCUUUUAGUGACAAGUUGCUUUUUUAUUCUUAUCAUUGAAUGAUUAGAAGAUCAUGAACUGCUAUACAAUAAACUUUAGUUGUUUAAUAAAGUAUGGCAACGAGGAAGAGUUUAUUACGAAGUGUGUGGGGUUUUGGUUGAAAAAAAACGAGUUCUGUUUGAAGAAAUAGAGAAAAUUUCAUUUAGAUGUAACGAAUGGAUUCCAGAUUUUGAGGUAAUGGGAAACGGCUAAAUGUUUGGAGGAAAGGAAGAGUUUAUUUUGAGAUAUUGGCCUAUAAUGGGAGAUGAUUUUUCUGCAAAUUGAAGUGUUUUUCCUAAGAAAUGGGGAAAGGUUUGUUUUAAGUUUUGCAAAGGUUUGUGGUUUCUAAAAGUAAUGACAAAAGAUGUGCUCAAGAAGAACAGGAAAUGCUAAGGAAAAAUGGAGAAACGUUUGCUUGGCGGAAAUGGGGAAAAUAACAAAUAAGAUGUUAGUGUUUAAAUUUAGUACACAAUGAUCGAAGUCCCAACAGCGAAAACAUAAAAUUGCAGCAAGUUUAUCGACUUUUAGAAACAAAAAUUCUCACCACAGCUCUGACGACAACAGUUUCGAUUUCUGUGUUAUGAUGGCCUGAUCCAAACACAGGCAUCGACCAAUCAAGCAGAACACGCAUUUCGCUUAUAUAUGUUAUUUUAUAAUACAUUAUACAAACUGAUGUUUCCUUUAUUCCUGAAUUUAAUCAUCUCCAGCAAGGCGGUUAGCCACUUACGCUUAAAUAGUUUUCAAAGUAUAUUUACGAUAUCACGAUGUACUCCAGAAUCUUCAUAAAUAGACAGUGGCCAAUGAAUGAAUUGCGAAAUGAAAAGCACCACGAUAGGUGAGAUGAACGACAAUUUUUUGUAAAGCAAACAUCUUAUUAGCGUCGCAUUAAGUGCGAAUGCGAAUGAACUGAUCAUUUCAGCAAACAGAUUUGCGAAUGACUCUGGGAAGCCCAUUUUUUUAAAGUUUGCAGCGGAUAUGAGCGCAAUUCCAGCUGAAAAAACGCUUUUGCGUGGAGACAAACACAAUGACAAUGACGUGUACUCAAAAACAUCGGACGUUUUUUAUACAUCGUUAAAUGAAGCGUCGUUUUUUAAAACCACAGUCGUUAUCCGUAAAUUCAACGCAAGGGAUCUUGGCUUUCAUUGAUAAAUGGCUUAUGUUCGGUAAUGUUGUAAUAUUCUCGAUGGCAAAGAUAAAUGAAUAGGAAUCCUCGACACACGAGCGGACUCCACGACAAACCAAGCACUUUAAGUGCUAUUUCAUAUCAUUGUUUAUUCUUUAGACUGUCACUAAAUCGUAUUUUGUAAUCUGAUAUAUUUUGUUGUUCUCUCGUAAAAUCGAAGUUCUUUAAAGUAUUAAUACUUUUAAAAUGAAAACGCUUAUUUUAAUCCAGCAUUUUAUGUACAAAUAACAUAACUUGCCGGUUAAAGAAGGCUAUAUUCGUGUUUCAUAAGUCAAUUAUAAUCAAGAAGACAUGUUAGACAAGGUCAUAGCGAUCGCGAGUUCUUUAUUUGUUGUCGAAGCUCUAUUGCAGGCGAACCCAGACAUUACCAGCGACGCUUAUCAUGUUUGUACGGAGAAGAUAAUAUCUGUAAUGACAACAUCGCAUAAGGAAGGAAAUAAAACCAUAUACAGCUGUAUUGGUUGCAAAAAACUGCGUCGUUGUACAAGUGUUUACGGUAGCGUCCACUUGAAGAAAAUUGCAAUCAGUUCGAAAAAUGAAUUUUUAAGUGAGCAGUUACGAUUUCCAAAACUUCGCGAAAUCACUGGACAUUUGAUCGUGACAUUCUUAUUGCAAGGAGUUUACAGCUUAAGCAACAUUCUCCCGAACUUGGCGGUGAUCCGUGGUCGUUUGGAGGACUUGUUUCAGGGAUACGCUUUGGUGGUUUAUCAAAAUGAUGCCCUUCUAAACUUAGGAUUAGAUUCUCUGACCACAAUCCAACAGGGUGGCGUUAGAAUCGAGCACAAUGAUAGACUGUGUUUCUUGAAUCAAGUGCGAUGGAAAUCUGUGAUGCAGAAUGGAGAAUCCAAGAAGUAUGACUUGGUGAAGAAAGAUAAUUCCGGAGAUUGUUUUAUGACUUGUUCACAUAGAUGUCAUACACCAAGCGGUCAUGGUCUUUCUGGAAAUAAAUAUUGUUGGGGAAGAUACAGAAAGAAUUGUCAAAAAUUAUGUGAUCAAAGAUGUGGAUAUAAUGGUUGUGAAAAAGACACUACAGACCGAUGCUGUCAUUCUCAAUGUCUUGGUGGUUGUACUCAAGCAAAUUCACCUCAUCAUUGCUACGCGUGUCGUAGUUUACGUUUGGAAAAUGGUUCAUGUGUUCCUAACUGUCCUCUUGGAUUGAAGGAGGUGCACAAUUUUAUUUGCGAGAAGAAAUGUCGACAAGAUGGAAAAUAUGAGUUGCACGGGAAGUGUUAUAAAAAAUGUCCGAUUGGUUUUAAAGAGGACGAUGAUAAAGAAAUGUGCAUCAAAUGUCAUGGUUGCCCAAACGAAUUGAACUUGCUGAUGACCAAAUAUAUUCCAACGUUGAAAAUCAACAGUUUAGCGAAAUCUGCCGAAUUGAAAGGAUAUACAAUUCUUACUGGAAAUUUGGAGAUUGAAAUAAAGAAUGUUCCAGGUACAAAAAAUAUCGCCGGAGUGUUAAAGGAACAUAUGGGGAGUCUGCGGGUUAUUAAUGGAUACUUGUUGAUUCGGCAAUCAACCCCAUUGAUUUCUCUGAAUUUUUUGAGAAAUCUUACAAGAAUUAAUGUUCAACGAAAUGGAUUCACACUAAAAAACUAUGCCCUUGCCAUAUUUGACAACCCGAACCUCAUGUCAUUGUGGGAUUUUCAUCCAAAUUUUACGAUUGCUGGCUCAAAGAACGGAGUUUUUAUUCAGUUAAAUCCUCGCCUGUGUCCUUAUACUAUAGAUCCUUUGGUAAAGGAUGUUUUAAAACGUAACUAUAGUGAUCGGUCCGUUGAUGUAUCCAAAACGACCAACGGAAACUCUAUAACAUGUGACGUGUUAUUUGUCAACCUAACUGUCACCAGUGCUAGAUGCUCGAUAUGUGUUAGAGUUUCUUGGCCAAACGUAGUCUCCCGGGAAGAUUAUCGUAAUGUUGUGUUGUAUUCAAUAUGGUAUAGGGAAACCACAAGAACUGAUUUAAGGGAAUAUGAUGAUAUCGACGCAUGCAACUCAGAUCAUGUGUGGAGUCAUAAAGAUGUUCUUGCGUCCAGACGAAGAACUGGAGGUCCAGUUAUCAGCGAUGUUCUCCACAGUUUGAAAGCUUACACUUUAUAUGCUUUUCGUGUCGAAGCUCUUGUUAUCGCAGGCCCAGGAGUUAAAAGUCACAUUACUUAUUUCAAAACGAGAGAAACCAAGCCCUCGACUCCUCAAGAUCUCGAAGCAAAUUAUCUUACCUCAUCCUCUCUUCAAUUAAAAUGGCGAAAACCGUUUUAUCCUAAUGGCAAUCUCACUCAUUACGUCAUCCGCUAUCAUGAGAUAAUUGUCAAUUAUGGUACAGAGGACAAUGACUUAUGUAAAAGUCACGUGAGUAUCCAAAACCAGGACAAAAAGACUUUGAGCAAAGACGAACCCAACAACAACACUUGUCCCGUUAACAAAACCUGCAACUGUUUGAAUGAGGAAGUUGGGGAAGUAAAUCCCGAUUUAGAGGAAGCCUUGUUUGCUAAACAGUUUCAAGAUACAAUUUUAUCCACCGUUUUUGUAAAGAGAGAUAAGAAGGACGACGAUGAUGAUGAUAAAGACAAAGACAAAAACAGGAUCAAGGAUGGUAAGAAUACCAGCAAAACAACCUCUUCACCACAUCAAGAAAUUGCAACGAAAUCCGGCUACCAAGAUUGCGACAAGAAGCUCGGACAUAAAGAAUGCUAUGGAGAAAAUGUUUACUGUUUUUGCGUCACUGUGAUGAACACUACGUCACUUCCUCCGACUGAGCCUGCAAUCACUACGGUUACUACAACAAAACAGAUGAUAGAAUUACAUAAUCUCAAGCAUUUCACAACUUAUAGUUUUGAGGUGUGUGCGUGUAACGCAGGCGCAGGUUGCAGUAAAAAUGAAGGAUUCAGGAAACAAUGUGCGACAGCGACGGGGAGAACGGAUAAAGAUGUGAAUGCAGAUAGUGUUGGUGAUACUCUGACAUUUUCCGCUAGCAAUAAAACAAAACAGUUUACAUUACGUUGGCAAGCUCCUCCCAAUCCUAAUGGUAUUGUUUUCAACUACGACCUUGCUAUUAUGUACAAGAAUCACAAAAACAACUACACGAAAAAUGAAUCUCACUGCAUUUUGGCUUCCGAAACGGAAUACUCGAAAACUGAUGCAUCUGUUGGGGAGUACUGGGUCCGAGUACGAGCAAAUACUCUCGCUGGUCAAGGCUUGUGGACCGAAUGGGUGAACUUUGUUAUUGUAAAUAUCAUAAAAAACCCAGUGAAACCAGUUGCUUCAAAGGAUGCAAACAUAACGACUGUCAUUGGUGUUAGUGUAACUGCCGUGGUCAUUUUUGCUAUUGUGUUUGCUGUUUUAACUUACUCGCUUAUAAGAAGGCACAAGAAAAAUAUUUCCGGAGUUCUUUUUUCUUCGACCAAUCCAGAAUAUUGGAAUUGUUCUGAAGUGUAUGUACCUGAUGAGUGGGAAGUCCCUCGAAAGAACAUCACUCUGAUUCGUGAACUAGGUAAUGGGUCUUUUGGUAUGGUCUGGGAAGGAGAAGCUGUUGAUAUAUUACCUGGUGUACCGUGCUGUAAAGUUGCUGUGAAGACGGUCAGUGCUAACAGUUCUAUUCGCGAUAAAGUAGAAUUUUUAAAAGAAGCAUCAAUAAUGAAAGCUUUUCACUGCAAUCACGUUGUACAGUUAUUGGGCGUAGUCUCUGAUGGUGAUCCAGUAUUGGUAAUGAUGGAGCUAAUGGAAAAUGGUGAUUUGAAGGGUUUCUUAAGGAAACGACGACCUGACACUGAAGAAGAACCAUUGCUUCACCCCCCAACUGAAUUUGAACUUUAUCAAAUGGCUGCUGAAAUAGCAGAUGGAAUGGCGUAUCUUUCAGAUAGAAAGUUUGUACAUCGGGAUCUAGCGGCAAGGAAUUGCAUGGUAUCUGGUAAUUAUGUAUGUAAGAUUGGAGAUUUUGGAAUGGCUCGUGAUGUUUAUGAAACAGAUUAUUAUCGAAAGGGCGGCAAAGGAUUCCUUCCUGUCCGUUGGAUGGCUCCUGAAUCGUUGAAAGAUGGAGUGUUUUGUAGCGCAUCAGAUGUAUGGUCCUACGGUGUUGUUCUCUGGGAAAUGGCAACUCUUGCUGAACAACCAUAUCAAGGAAAAUCUAACGAAGAAGUCAUGAGAUUUGUUCUCGAUGGAAACACGAUGGAAAUUCCGUCAUCAUUUCCUAAAAAUUUAACGGAGAUCAUCCUUUCAUGCUGGGAAUACAAAGACAAAAAUAGAUUAUCUUUCUUCUCCAUUGUUGAAAAACUUGAACGAUUUUUAUCCAUUGAAUUCACUGAGAGAUCAUUUUAUCAUGACAAGGGAUUACGCCGUAAUACAGAUUCAUGCAGUCUCAUUAGCUCUGCUACUGAAAAUGGCAAUAUGGAUGUUUUUGUUCAAUUAUCUUCACCAACUAACGAUAAGGAAAGUUUUGUAUGAAAAUUCGUAGUUCCUUGAAGUUUAACACAGAUCGCUCAAGGUUGGAGUGGAAAUAUGAGCACGCAGCCCAAAUAAUAUUCCAAUAUUUCAAAUGAAAUUAAUGGCAAAUUCAUGUUUUGUUUUUAAACUGUCAUUUUCCACAAAUAUUACUUUAUGGAAACUGAAUUUCUGUAUCAGAUUAGUAAUUUCAAUCCCUGAUCUAAACCUUAAGCCCAGCGGAUACGACAAAAAUUCAAGCAUUAAGCAUUAAUAUUUUGAAAAUGCUUUCCUGUUGAGCGCAAUGUUUAACAAAUGGUUGGGGCUCCAGCGUUUACAAAUUCAUUAUUAUCAAACUUAGUCAACGGAAUCUUUGCACUCUCUCAAAAUUAUCCUAAUGAAAUGAAAUUUUUGCUGCUAAAAUGAUAAAUUUUUUUAUAUUGUCACGCAAAAUAUAAUGUAGAAAUAUUUGGCAAAAAUGUGCCUGUAGAUAUCAAUGAUUGUAAGAAAAUAAAUUAUGCAAAAAUUA